AUGAAAUUCUUUCGAUCUGAAACCCGAUUAUCCAAUUUCAAACAUGCCACCGGCUGCUGUCUUCCCGGAGUUCUACGCCGCCUGUCCUGCUUCCGUGGUCUUGCUGCCACACAGCACCACCGCAUCAAGGAAUCAACAGAGCUUCGUUGCACUUCAUAUAAUCCCGGAAUCGUGGCGAAGCUAAUGGGACUGGAGUCAAUCCCACAAAGGAUUACUUCAGUUCAUCGUCAACAAGAUCACAGAAAUUCCAAUUCCAGAAGCCAAUCCAUCAGUAAAACACCAAUGGUUUUAGAGCUUGAAAAAAGAAAAUUCUUCAUCCUUGGUCUCGAAGCAGGAUGUAAAGAUGAACAAUUUCAGGUAAAAGGAGAUUCAAGAUCGGAUUCUAGGAGGAAAUUAUUAGAACAUGAUGGAUCAAAGAAGAAGUCAAAUGGGGUGUUGAAAGAAGGUGCAAAUGUUGAUUUCGAUUUGGAAUUUUUUGAUCAAUUGGUUCUGGAGUUAGUAUACAUAUUUUGA